UUUGUACGUCCAUCAAACUGUACAUUGGCAAGCAGUCGGAGUGAGGGGAACAGGUUGAAAAGAGCAGGAGGCUUGUACAUUCAUAUACUGUUGGUUGCAGAUUGUAACCGGACCCAACACACAAGCUGGAAGGGCUCAGCGCAGCGUGGGUGCCCAGGGAUCCACUGCCUGAGUGCGGGGAGAGCAGCGGCCGACACCCCAGCGACAUGAACCACACCAAGGGCGGCCUGGUCAUCUUCACUGCCAACUCCCACCCCUCCAGCCGCGAGCUUGGCAAGAGGAUUGCAGAGCGGUUAGGGGUGGAGCUUGGCAAGGUGCAGGUGUACCAGGAAGCUAACAGAGAAACACGGGUGCAGAUCCAAGAGUCGGUGCGAGGCAAAGAUGUCUUUGUGAUCCAGACAGUGUCCAAAGACGUGAACACCACCAUAAUGGAGAUGCUGAUCAUGGUGUACGCGUGCAGGACAUCCUGUGCCAGAAGCAUCACAGGCGUCCUUCCCUACUUUCCCUACAGCAAGCAGUGUAAGAUGAGGAAGAGGGGCUCCAUCGUCUCCAAGCUCAUUGCCUCUAUGAUGUGUAAAGCCGGUCUCACCCACCUGAUUACCAUGGACCUCCAUCAGAAAGAGAUUCAAGGCUUCUUCAACAUACCAGUGGACAAUCUGAGAGCCUCCCCCUUCCUGCUGCAGUACAUACAGGAAGAGAUUCCUGACUACAGAAAUGCUGUGAUUGUGGCCAAAUCCCCAGCCUCUGCCAAAAGGGCUCAGUCGUUCGCUGAGCGGCUGCGUCUGGGUAUAGCAGUGAUCCACGGUGAAGCUCAGGACGCAGAGUCAGACCAGGUAGACGGGCGACACUCCCCACCCACAGUCAAGACCACCGGAGCCAUCCACCCCAGCAUGGAGAUACCAUUGUUGAUCCCUAAAGAGAAGCCUCCCAUCACUGUGGUUGGAGACGUAGGAGGACGCAUCGCCAUCAUAGUGGAUGACAUCAUCGAUGAUGUCGACAGUUUUGUGGCAGCAGCGGAGACGCUGAAGGAAAGAGGGGCCUACAAGAUCUUCGUCAUGGCAACCCACGGUAUUCUUUCCUGUGACGCCCCCAGGUUCAUAGAGGAGUCGGCCAUUGAUGAGGUGGUGGUGACCAACACGAUACCCCACGAGCUCCAGAAGCUUCAGUGUCCAAAGAUCAAAACAGUCGACAUCAGCAUGAUCCUGUCGGAGGCCAUCCGCCGCAUCCACAACGGAGAGUCCAUGUCCUAUCUGUUCCGCAACAUAGGAGUGGAUGACUGAACAACCUGUCACACACACACUUACCAUUUGCCUUCGGAUCUCUUCAGAAACAUUGGGGUGAAUGUCAAACACUGAAAUUGUAUCAUAACAUACAAAUAUAAAUGCUAACCCUUUCCUUUGAGUUCAGCUUAACAUAGACGAUGACUCAACAUACACUCCACUAACUAGUCUUGUUCCAUAGCUGUGACUGAACACACAUUGCUUACCCUUCCAAUGGCUGCCCUCUUGUCAAACAGUACACACCUCAGUUGUGUUUUUACUCUCAUCUCUCUGAGUCACCUCUGCUUCUUUCUACAUUUUCCUCCGUAUGUGUUAACAUAGAAAUUAAUGUGGAUGUUAAAUCUAAGUGUUAGAACAUGAUAUUUGUGAGCAUUGAAUGUCUCUUGCAGUACAAUCUCCUUUUAUUAAUAUUAUCCGAAAGAGAGUCAGUGCCUUCUACAGGACAUACUCCAAACACACAGGCCUUCACUGCUCUGACAUCCAGCUGUGUGUCCGCUAAUAGAGCUAAUUCAGAAUGAAUCCAGGAAUAUGCAGGUUCAGAGUGCAUGUUUAACGCUCCGUCAGGUUUUUGUUUAUUUAUGGUAGUGUGUGAAUGUUCUACUAAUAUAGUUAGUCAGCUAGCCAUAUGUCUGUGUGGUUGCCAUAGCACUUAGAUGCUGAUCUGGUGUCAAAUCUACUAACUGCUAAACUGAACUGGAAUUAAUACAGGAACUAUUUUCUCAGUCUGGUUAAUUGGAUUGUUAGAAACAUUUUAUGACAGUGCACUUAAAAACAUGUCUUCAUGAGUCAUCCAUAUAACAUUGUGUGCCAUUGUUUUAAUGCCUGCUUGCAUUUUCUAUUUGUUCACGCCACAAAUGAGCAGUUCUCUUCCAGCUCGAGGACUCGAGCAAAAGCAACUCACAAAUAAACUGAUUUUCUUAAUCUACCAGUUCCACAUUAGAGCUCAGUUUUACUCUCUGGGUAGAAGUGGAAGGUUCUUAUUAAUCAUUUGGAAAUGGGUAAAUGAAUCCUCGACCCUGAGAUAAUUAUGAAAGAGACUGAUGAAUUUACACACAUUCUACCUGAGUUUCAAAAAACAAGAAUUUCCAAACUGCAGCUAAAGCCGGGAAAGUAAAUUGAAAUGCUGAAUUUCUGAUGCGCAAAACUUGACUGAAGCAGGUCUUUGUCACUUUACCAGAUAUGUUCCAAAAAUGUUUUGUAUUUAUUUUCAGCACUUAAUAUGAAUAAAUACGACCUAAAAAAGGUA